CGAGCGAGCGGGCGAGGCAGCGGCAGAGCCCGGCGGCCACCAUGGAGCUGGCGAUGGAGAACCUGGGCAGCCUGCACGGCGUCCCGCACUCGCAGCCCGCCGAGCUGCUGAGCCCCGCGCACGGGCGGCAGAGCUCGCACCGCAACCUGGUGCCGCACGGCCGGCCCGCCAUGGUCUCGGGCAUGGCCUCCAUCCUGGAGGGGGGCGAUUACGCGGCGGAGCACAGCCUGGGCGCCCCGCUGCACCCCGCCAUGAGCAUGUCCUGCGAGUCGCCCUCCGGCAUGAGCCUGAGCAGCACCUACACCACGCUGACCCCCCUGCAGCACCUGCCGCCCAUCUCCACCGUCUCGGAGAAGUUCCACCACCCGCACCACCACCACCACCACCACCACCCGCACCAGCGCCUGGCCGGCAACGUCAGCGGCAGCUUCACCCUCAUGCGCGACGAGCGGAGCUUGGUCAUGGGCAACCUCUACAGCCACUACAAGGACAUGCCGGCCAUGGGGCAGCCCCUGUCGCCGCUGCCCAACGGGCUGGGCAGCCUCCACAACGCCCCCUCCCCCCCCCCCCCCCCCCCCCCCCAGCAGCCGCUGGCCCCUUACGGCCCCGCCGGCCACUUGCCCAACGAGAAGAUGCUCUCGCCCAACGGCUUCGACUCGCACGCCGCGAUGCUGUCCCGGGGCGAGGAGCACCUGGCGCGGGGGCUGGCGGCGCCCAGCUCGGCCAUGAUGCCGCCGCUCAACGGGAUGCACCCGCACGGCCACCCGCACGGCCAGCCCGGAGCAUCGCUGCUGGGAGAGCGGGAGCGCCCGCGCCCGGCCCCGGGCUCCCAGCCCGGCGGCUCCGGGCAGGUGGAGGAGAUCAACACCAAGGAGGUGGCUCAGCGGAUCACGGCCGAGCUGAAGCGGUACAGCAUCCCGCAGGCCAUCUUCGCUCAGAGGAUCUUGUGCCGCUCCCAGGGGACCCUCUCGGACCUGCUGCGGAACCCCAAGCCCUGGAGUAAGCUCAAGUCCGGCCGGGAGACUUUCCGCAGGAGGAAAUGGUUGCAGGAGCCGGAAUUUCAGAGGAUGUCGGCGCUCAGGCUGGCAGUAGGACACGGCACGGCCGGCUCGGGCCGCCCGCUCCGCGCCUCCGGGGCGGGGGGAUCAGGGGGUGCUGCCGAACACGCGUGGGAACCCCUCGAGGGUUUCGGGGUGCGAACUGGGGUCGGGCUCGGCGGGUGUUACCGACCCGGUUUGUAACGUUAAGACCAAAGGAAAGGGAUUUAGAUUUAAGGCGAGUUAUAUCUAAGGCGACCCCCCGGCUCCCCGGGCAUGCUGCUGCCCGCCAGAGGUGCGGGAUGGCGGGUGGGCGGGAGCCGGGGAGCUGCCGCCGCUCCCCGCUCCGCCUGCCUCGGGGAUUUCCCUCUCGGUCCGCGAACCGGCCGCUUGGCCCCGGGAGUGUCCGGCCCCCGGGGCCGCUGCUGGAGCUCCUCCGCGGUCGGUAC